AUGUCACCGCUUACUGUCCCUUCCCCAAUUAAAUUAUUAUUUGAUACUUUUCCGCUAGUAACUUAUCCGCCAAUUAAUAACCAAGAUACUCAAAGACAAAAUGAUAUUGAUUCCAGAACAUAUCCGUUCACUACUAUUAAUGUGGAAAAUAAUGGAAUGAUAGAUAAAUCUUUUUCACUAGCAGUCUACAACGUUUAUAAGCAUCCAAAGAAAAAUGCGAUCUUAUGUACUGAUCCGAUUUGCCAAUAUCUACAAUUCGCACUUUGUUUGAAAAAUAAUCUUAAAUUACCUUCUAAUAACAAUUUAUCAUUAAUAGAUAAAAAUCCUCCCUCCAUUUCUAUUUCUGAAAACAAUGUCAUAACACUAUCAUAUUUGGCUACUCCUCAACGAAUUUUGCCAAUAUUAAUUGAAAAUAAACAUAAUAAUGUUAAUGAUAUAGCGCAGGAAAGCAAAACUAUUUUAACAUCUGUUGAAUACAUGGUAUCAUCUAAUAAAGCGAUCAAACCGAAAGAAAAAUUAUUAUUGAAUCUAGUCGAUACUACAAUUCAAGAUUGUUGGAUUUCACAAUUCUUAUUCAACGUCCCUUCAGAACAAUUCCAUGAAACGUAUCAUUAUCGUGAACAUGAUAAUAUUGAUAAUUUAAGCCAUUUAUUACAACAACAGAAACUAUCAAUCGCUAAUAGAAAUCAAUUCAAUUUAAGAAAUUUGGAACUGAUGAACCAUUUGAAUUCAAUUGUAAGAACAAAUUCACAUAAAUUACAAAUUGAUCAAUUAUUACAACUAUUAUUUGAAAGAUUCAAAAUAUCAAUGACUCAAUUCGAAAAUAUCUUGAAAGAUAAGAAACAACACUCGUCAUCAUCAUCCGCUUCAUCUUUUUUAUUAUCAGCCGAUCAUGCUGAUAAGGGGAAAGCUAAUAUCUCUUAUUUGGACUUGAAGUUAGCAAGUUAUAUCCUUUGUAUUUUGAACUUACAUGAUAAAAAUAUUUUAAAGAAAUUUGUAAAGGAGUCUUGCCCUGAAUUGAUCAUUCAUUCCGAGAAAGUACUAUCAAUAUUCUGUUAA